ACCUCAUAAGCACUACGCAUUUCUUUCCUUUCUUUUCUGGCAUCAGUCUUUGCUCUCUAGUCCUAUUCCCUAUGCGGCAGCUUCUCUUGAUCUCCUGAGCCCAAUUGGAAUCGCGAAUUAUAACCAGCUCAUAUACUUCAACGCCUUGCUCUACCUGUGGUAUUCUUCCGCUACCACAUCCCUUCAACGUCACACGAAUUACGGCUCUUCAUCUUCAUCUACUUCCAUGUCCGACGUACGCUCUCUUUUGCGGCAACAGCGCGCCGCUCGCCGUAUCGAACACCCAUAUGCCGCCUACUCUGAUGCAGGCAAACUUCUAUGCACCCUCUGUCACGAGCACAUCAAAACCGAAUCGUUAUGGGACUCACAUGUCCGAGGAGAGGCACACAAAACUCGUUUAAUAAAAGCUCAAACAGCAUCAUCGGCCAACGCUCGAACUUCACAACAACAGACUUCACAAAAACGGAAACACGACGAUAACGAGGAAGCUAUCGACGAUAAAGACGGAGAUGUCGAAAUGGACGAUGGCAGGCGAAAACGAAAUAAGACGGAUGGAGUGGAUGGAGAUGGAGAUAAGGAUAACAAGGAUCAGACUUUGACACCACCUCGAUUGACUAGGAGGACGUCGACCACGCCGUCACAAGGGGUAGAGAUCCAAAUCCCAUCGAGACCAGCAACACCAGCCCAUCGAGAUGGCUCUUCCGCUUCUACCCCUGGAGGUCAGCUUAAUAACUUGACCUCACAAUCUGCAACUGCGUCGCUCCCCUCGCGCCAGGCCAGUAGCCUGACUACAGACGAGCGCCUUACAUCUGCUGCUGCAGCAGCAGCAGCAGCAGUUGAUGAAGCAGAAUGGGCAGCCUUCGAGGCCGAUAUUGCUGCUACAACAGCCACAUACGAUGAAGACGCGACUAUAUCAGCCCCAGCCAUGACGGCAGAGGAAGUUGCGGCCGCCGAUGCCCAGAAGGAGGAGGAGGCCGAGAAGCGACGCGCUCAAGCUGAUGUCGAUCUCGAAGACGAAAAGGAGGAAGCAACCCGUGCGCUUGAAGAGGAGUUUGAAGAAAUGGAAGAGCUCGAAGCUCGCGUGAAGCGGUUAAAGGACAAGAGGGAAGCCCUACGGAAACGUGGUGAAAGCUUCAGCCAAGAAAAUGGCACUGAAAAACCUACAAGCUUGGGAAAAGAAAAUCUGGACACGCCAGCUAUUGAAGAGAAGGAUGAGGACGACGAUGAGGAGGACGACGAAGAAGAUGAUGAUUGGGAUGGCUUCAGGUUUCGGACAGCCUGAGCAAAGGGACUUCGUGCAUAGCCAUGCAUGAUAGAAAGAUACCACUCGUGAGGGGCUCGCCGAUCGCCUUCACAUGGCCUAGUACUCAUAACGGAG